AUCUACCAUACCAAGUACGAAAUAAGCGAUCCACUAAGAAACAAAACAUUAUUCAACAAUGCAGUCCACAACGAUUCUCUGCUUCGCUUUGGUGUGUCUGGCCACGGUCUGUUCAACGGGAUACGCUCUGCCCCAGGAUGGUGUUCUCACCGAGGAAACUAAGGAGUACCUAAGGAGUGCGCUUGAUCCCGUGGCUGAAGCCGAUCAUGAUGUAGGGUCAGUGCAGGAACAUCGCCGCCUAAGACGACCUACUUGCGCGGACUUGGAUGAUUUCCAAUCCAUAUGCGUCGAAAAUUUGACCUGUAUCCGCCGUCACAGACUUGAUUGCAGAGGAAUUCCGUUUUGCACUUGUCGACCAAAACCAUUCGUGCCGUUCGAAGUUUGAUGCUUUUGAGAGAUCGCUGUAGUGAUCGAUAUCUCGUAUAGUAUCGAUCAUACAAUCUCAUAUUUAUGUUCGUUGCCAAAGUAAAUCUUUUGCUGUUUGUUUGCUCCAUCCAGCUGUGAGUUACAGGGUGUUAACAAUGGAAGUCAA